AUGAAUGAGGACCAUUACACAGCGAAAGAUUUGAAUCAUCCGAUAAAACUGCCAACUAGAUCGAAGGGUUUGAUGAUUUACGAUAUUGAUCCACCUCUAACACAGCUCGCCACUUCUGCGUCAAAUAUUGUUGCGAGAGCCUUGUCCAACACAUCAAUCAAAUGGGAUCGAGUCAUUUCUGCACCGGAAUUAGCUUCUGUCCAAACUGCUGCAGCUAUAGCCCUUGUAACUACAGGUACUCAAGGCUUUGAAUCUGUUAGGAUCAUCUGCCCAAUGGCAUAUAGGAUCGGGGCUAAUCACUUGCAGCCACGUCAAAUACGGAGGAGGGUCACGAAGCGAAAGUGGUCGACACCACAAAUUAGCAUUGAGUGCUUGUGGCGUUGAUU